GGCGACGGCCGGCGGCGGGGAGGGAGAGCCCUGGGCGCCUGGGCCUUGGCCGCUAGCUGGGCGCGCGGAUGGCCGGAGUCCCCGCCCGCUGACCCGGGCACCCGCCUGACCGGAGCCGGCGCCUGCGCCCCUGCUGCAGCCUGCCCACGCUGUCCUGGGCCCGACCCUCGGGGCGGAUGGCGGGUAGGAGACCAGACGGCCGCAGAAACGCGCUUCCCCAGCCGAGCGCAGUCGGUCCCGGCCUCGCAGAGGAGUGAGAGGAGAGGCGCCUUAAGGCGCCCAGGUCGGAGCAGGCUAACAAAACAAUAGCAAGCGAGCCAGGAAACCACCCGGCUAGUUGUCACUCAGGAGAAUGGCGACUACUCUGAGGGUGAUAGACAGAGCGAUCUUCUCACGGUGGUGUAAGGAACCCGAAGAACACAGCCCAGCAUGCCAGCCAGGUCUCCUGGAGGUCUGUGGGGUUGCUAGUGGAGAAGAUCUGGAGCCUCCUGAGGAUGUAGAUGUCUACAUCAUAGAUGACAACUUUACCCUAAAGUGGAGCAGCAGAGAGGCAGUGGGCAAUGUGACGUUUUCAGCAGAGUAUCAAACAGAAGAGAUGGAGAACUGGUUAAAAUUGCCUGGGUGUCAACAUAUUACGGGGACCGAAUGCAAGUUCUCUUUACUGGACACAAAUAUUUAUAUCAAAAUAUGGUUUCGAGUAAGAGCAGAAAAAGGAAUGAGCACUUCUCCAUGGAAUGAGGCUGACCCGUUUAUCCCAUUUCACAAAGCUCACAUUGGCCCCCCAGGAGUACGUUUAGAAGCUGAAGAUAAAGCUAUACUAGUAUACAUCACUCGUCCUGGACAAGGUGGGAACAUGUGGGCAACAGAUAAUUUUAGCUUCAGGUACAAGAUAGUAAUCUGGCAGAAGUCUUCAGGUGUGACACAAAUUAUUAAAACUACGUAUUACACAGAAAGGAUUUUAAAACUGUUACCAGAGACUACUUACUGUUUAAAAGUUGAAGCAAUGCAUUUGUCCCUUAGGAAACACAGCAACUACAGUGCAGUGCAGUGUAUAAACACCACAGUGGCAGAUAAAAUGCCUCUGCCAGAAAACAUACAAGUGGAUGCUGAGGCCGGGAGCUACGUCCUGAGCUGGGACUAUACGUCUGCAAACGUGAGCUUCAGAGCACAGUGGCUCCCUAGCUAUUUGAAAAGUAUUUCUGGAAACUAUUCGGAUAAAUGGGAAACCAUUCCCACCUGUGCAGAUGUCCGAACUACACGCUGUGUCUUUCCUCGGGAUGCCUUCCACACAAGAACUUUCUUCCUCCGGGUACAAGCAUCAGAUGGAGAUAACACAUCUUUUUGGUCUGAAGAGAAACUUAUUAAUUCUCAAAAAUACACUGCCAUCCCCCCUCCAGCCAUUGCCGUCACCCCCUCCAGGGAGUCGCUGCUUGUCUACGUCAGCUGUCAGGACAGCCCCAGCACAUGUGAUGGACUGACUUAUGAACUCAGUUUCUGGGAAAACAGUUCCAAUACUAAGACGAAAAUGGUGAAGGAAAGCCCAGAGUUUUCCAUUGGGAACCUGCAGCCACUGACUGUGUAUUGUGUACAAGCCAGAGUACAUUCGUUUGCCGUCUGGAACAAGAGCAGCAGCUUCAGUGAGAAGCUGUGUAAGGAAACAAGGCCAGGAGAUUCUUCCCAAAUCUGGAUUGUGACUGCACUUAGCAUUGUGACUCUUUCUGUCCUGGUCCUGGUUUUUUAUGGUGGGAGGAGCCUCCUGAAAUACCUCAGUUGUGUAUACUUUUCAUCCCCCAAGCCUCCUCCCAGUAUUGACGAGUUUUUCUCGGAGCCGCCUUCAAGGAACCUUCUGUUUCUGACGCCGGAGGAACACACGGAAAGAUGCUUCAUCAUUGAACACACCGACAAGGCUGCUGGAGCAGAGGAAGACCACAGGAAGUACAGUUCCCAGACCAGCCAGGACUCGGGGAACUAUUCCAACGAAGAGGAGAGUGUCGGCAGUGACAGCAGUGCAGGGCUCCGGCCCUCCCACUGACUGCCCACAGGGCUCUGCUGGAGAUCCGCUGGGGAGGCCACGGAGCCUGCCUGCCCUCCUGGCACCCGAGACAGGGCAUCUGCUUCUCGGGAAAGGAGAAGCUCUUCAGAGCCCCGGCCGGCAGAGGCAGGAUCUCUCCACUGUGCCGUGGAUGGCCACCGUCUGUCUGGUGUGCCUUCCUCUGUGCGGAGGCAGGCUUGGCUGAAGCUGGCUGCCGCAUCUGCCGACAGCUGAAGUCCCAGGGUGCCGUCUUGUGCUGCUGGCUGGCCCAUGCUGCACAUGCCGUCUGGUGUUCUCUCUGUGUUCAUGUUCUAGGGCAUGUCUAGAACAUGUCUAGAACUGCCGCAGCUCCCGAGGUGUCUCAGAGGUUCUGCUGUCUACCCUAGCACUUCCUAACCCCUAACUGACCUCAGCAGCAGCUUCUGACUAGAACUCAGAAGUCACUGAAGCCAUGGAGAAAGGGACUCUAAGUAGAGGGGCCAGCGUUCCGUUUUCAGACCUCAGUGUGGCCUGGGGAGGCAUGGCGCACUCUAGUGCCUGUGGAUCUAGGAGAUGCCGGUGGCAGGACAGAAGUGGGUCGUAAGAAGCAGCUAGUGAACUGGUAAGGAGGAAGACCACGUGCAGUCAGCCUUCUUAGUAACGCCCUGUGUGGGUGGGUUUCUGUAGCCUUUCCCUGUUACUUUAUAUCGAGGCCACGGCCGACCUUGCCUCCACCCAGCAGUAGUCAGGGACCCCUCCUCAGCAUCCGUGCACUUAGUGUCAAAUAGUAAGGGAGGAAGAGUUGGUUGCCUGGUGCUGUCUGCAGGUGCCUAGAGUCCGCUUCAGAUUGAAGCUCAUGAGUACCCUUUGUAGACAGGACAUCUAGCGAUCCCGGUGGCUCCACAGGGGACUGUCAGUGCAGGCGUGACAGGACCCCAGCCUUGCUCUCUAAGAGGAGCUGAGCCGCGUGGUGGCGCACACCUGUAGUGCCAGCACUUGGGGACAGGCAGGCAGAGCUCUCAGUUCAGGCCAGAGGAGGAGAUGAGGAUGAUGGCUGUGGCCUCAGCCCCCAUUGCCCUCCGCACUGUGACACUUUAACAUUCCAACCCAGCGCUGCGCAUCCUCUGUUCACCCCGGGAAGAGCUCCUGGCAAGAUAGCCUACAGAGAAACAAGGCCGUUAGGAUGUGGGACGUGAUGUCAAGUGACACCAGUGAAGGUGGUCCACCACCAGUGCAGACACAGGUCUUCAGGUGACAGCAGCAGGGGAGGCCGCGGGGACUGCACUGCCCCUGGACUUGAAAAGAAGCAGCGGCAGUUCCACCCUUGUGCUCCAGAUGGUCUGCAUGGUGCUUCCUACAGGGCGCUGUAAGCUGACGGCUCCCCUGAGCAGUCAUGUGCCCAGGAUGCCGUGCACAUGGAGAGAUGCUCGGUGGUUAAGAGCGCCGCAUCCUGCUCUUGGCAGAGGACCAAGUGCAGUCCCCAGCACCCACGCGGUGCCUCAGACACUAGGCAUGUGCAAGGUGCACGUACAUACAUGUAAGCAAGACCCCCAUACAUACAAAAGUCAAACCUUUUUUAGAAAAAUAAUUUAAAAU